AUAGAUCAUUAUGAAACUUGUAAUUUGUAUACAGUCUCUUUUCUCAGUUUAUUCAGGUCCAGAUUCAGUUUAACUUUGUAAUACAUUUUCUGCUGAACGUUUAAUUAGAGGGCACUUAAGGAAAGCAGUGUACCAAGGAAGAACACAUUGUCACACGAAACGAGAGAUGUCAUGCUUUAUUUGAAUGACUUAAAGCUGUUUAUUUGCGUCACGUUGUGUCUAAACAGAACGAGUCCGCAGAAAACGUAAUACUUUUUUUUUUCACGGAACAAAUCGUCAAAGGAUGCUCAGUAUUAAACAAAGAUAUUGUUUUGAUAGACUUUUCGUUCAAUAAUUGGAUUAUGUGGUAAAGGUGCUUCAACUUCUAGAAAGUGAUGUUUCUUAUUCAAUGUAUCCGCCACAAAAAAGCGCCGAUCAGGGUCGUGCUAUUAUUCCGCUGAUCGAGAGUAGUUUCGUGAAAUACCCACUGCCAUAAACACGUGCACUGUCCACGCUGUUUACUAUAAUAUAAUGCUUGUGAUUUUAUAUUUAAUGUAGUCUUAAAGUUAAAAUGUGUGAGAGAAAAGGUUUUCUAGUUAGAUCAUCUUUCUUAGGAACCCACGUAACUGCGCUGACUUUUCAUGAGAAUGUACUUCUGGUUGGAGAGGGUCCAAACAUUUUAGUGUAUGAGAAUACAUCAUGGAAGUGUUUUUAUAAGAUGAAAGUUUUCAAAGCUGCAAAUAUUCAUGGUAUUAGAAAUUGUUCUUGUGACAAUGACUUUAAGCUACCUUUUGUGGCAGUAUAUGGAUCCAAAUUUCUGUCAGUUUUGAAACUUUCAGCUGAAGACAGCCUAGAAAUAAUACAAGGACAGCACAAGUUUGAAGAUUGGAUUUUAGAUGUGUGUUGGUUGAGAAACAAGAAUAUUGGCAGUCCCAGUGAAGAACAAAGAUUUUUAGCCAUUGUAUUAGCUCACAACACAGUCCUACUUUGGAACUGGAGAGAGAGCAGAAUACAACAUAAAAUUGAAUGUGAAGUCAAAUGUAUUUUAUAUUCUGCAUCAUUUUUGGGAAAUGUUUGGGAAAAGUUAAUAUUAGCUGGUGGCACUGUGUUUAAAGAAGUGGUUCUGUGGCCUCCUAGUGGAACUUUAAAUGAAAAUAAAAGGAUUAGUCCCUUUCAUCGUCUCACUGGUCAUCAGGGUGUGAUAUUCUCCAUUCAUUACAACCACAAGAAACAUUUGUUGUGUUCUGUGUCUGAUGACAGGAGCAUACGAUUGUGGAGAUUUAUUUUGUCAACAUCAUGCAACAGUAACAUAGACUCACCUCAGAAUGAGUUUAGUCUCAGCCAGUGGAGGUCAGGAAAAUUUGAGCUACUGCACACACUUUCUGCACAUCAGGCACGUGUUUGGAGUGCUUGGAUUUUGACAAGUUACAUUAUCAGUGUGGGGGAGGACUCAUCCCUAUGUAUAUGGGAUAUGUCAGGAAAUCUACUCAGAAAAGAUAAGUGUCACAAUGGAGGAAGUGUUUGGAGCCUUACAGUAAAUGAAGAGGAGACAUUAGCUGUAACAGGUGGUAAUGAUUCUGGGGUGACUGUGUGGUAUCUCAAUGAACUUUUGUCUUCAUUACAAGUAACUUCUACGAAGUUACCUCAGAAAGGAUAUGAUGACUUUCCUCGAAAUGUAGCAUUGAUUUCCUCUAUGCAGAAACAUUCUAUACUUGUUAGCACAGAUGCUGGAGUCCUUUGUACAUAUUGCCCUAAUACUGACCAAUGGGAUGUAAUUCAUCAAGAAAUAUCCUUCAGGUCUUACAGCUCUUUAGCUGUUUCAUCUUGUGGUUUCUGGGUCGGGUGGGGAAAUAUAACUGGAAAAUGUUUAAUAUUUUCUUGUUCAGAUGAAGACAGGCUAUCCUUAAAAAAAGAGCUUCAGCUGCAUGAUGGGAAGGUGCACAGUGUCUUAUGGGUAUCUGAAACACCAAGGUUAAUACUGACAUGUGGCCCUAGUGGACAGCUGUGUUUGUCACAAAUAGAAAAGGAUUUUCUUCCAAUGAUACUCUACAAGCUGUUUCUGCCUCGAUGUAAACAACAUUGGACAUCAGCUGGCAAGUAUGUAUCUCAGUUUAGUCUUCUUGUUGUAGGAUCCAGGGAUGGCAGUGUUCACGUGUACUCUGGCCUCACAUGUAUGGUUGACCACCCAUCCGACUCUACUGGAUACUCACAGAAUCCAACAAAAACCUUCCACUGUAUCCAUGGUAAAAAUGGGGUGACUGAUAUUCAAGUACAACAUGACAUUCUUUAUACAUCAGGAAGAGAUGGAAGAGUGUUACUAUAUAAACUGGGCAGGAAUACUGUUACAAGACUUCGAACUCUUAAGACUCCUGGAGAAAUGGAAUGGAUUGGCAUGUUCAAGUUUAUUGGAGAAGAUACUAUCCUGUUUGGUUUUCAUACUACAAAUUUCAUAUCCUGGAGUACGUUACUUCAGCGUCCUCUUGUGGAGUUACCUUGUGGUGGAGGCCAUCGUUCAUGGGAUGUUAAACUUAACAGUGAGACAGGAGAGAUGGCAUUUGCCUGUAUCAAGAAAACCUCUAUACUAUGGAAUCAGUCAUAUUUACUGAAAACAGUACAGUCAUCUUUAGUUAAGACCAGCAUACAUGGACAGCAGAUUUAUUGUAUUUUACAUCUGUGUCAAGUUUGUAUUAAAACAGAAAAUUUCAAUCUUAUUGCUACAGGAGGUGAAGAUAAUACAAUAUUGAUAUCUCGCAUGUCUUAUAAUGAAGCUACUAGUCAAGCAAAUCUAGAAGUGCUUUGCAGGCUAGCAGGACACAUAUCAAGUAUACGAGGACUAGCCUCAUGUCCCAUGACAAAUGUCGCUAACAGUUACCUUCUUGUGUCUGUUGGAGGAAGAGCACAACUGAUUGUAUGGAAUCUCACAAUUAGUCAUGAAGAAGACGUAGAAUGUAAGGAACUUGAUCACCAUUUUUUGUGGACAGUUGACAAACCUCAUCACAAACCAUGGCAGAACCGGACAGUAGAAACCAUUCCUGAUGCCUUAACUCGAUACAUGAGUGUGGCCAUUUUUAGCAGCCACAAGGAAGGCUGGUCUACUGAAACUACCUUGAUAGCAACAUCAUGUUCUGAUGCUUUCUUAAGGUUAUUUGCUUUCUGCAUAAAGAAAGGGAAAAUAACUCACUUGAAAACAAUACCUUGUGGAGUCAACUGUAUGCAGGGAGUUGUAUCUAUGCCAACUCCAUUUAGGUGCUUAAUUACAACUGGGACUGAUGGAUGCCUCAAAAUCUGGGACAACAACAAAUUUUUGAGUAACAUUAAAGAUUCUGCUAGAAGACUUUUGAAUGAAAACUCUGAAAAACCUAAGAUGGCUAACGUGGAAAGUAAAGAAGACAGAGAAAAAAUUAAUAUUAUUAGUAAGAAAUUGUACUCUCUGAAUGAAGAAGAACAUGAGCCCCUCCUCACAGUAAGGCUUCAUCAGUCUGGAAUUAAUGCUAUCAGCACAUACAAAAUAACAGAAACCUAUUUGAUGUUGUGCACUGGAGGUGAUGAUUGUAGUCUUACUAUCCAGGUGGUAAUCGGUGGUCAAGGAUCAGUUCCUAGGAUAGUCAGUAGCACUUCAGUCCCAUCAGCACAUGCAGCUCAAAUUUCAGGGGUAUCAUUUUUGAAUGAAAAGUACGUGGUUUCAACGGCAGUUGAUCAGCAAGUAAAUCUGUGGAAAAUAAAUUGGCUAAGAGAAGAAAAAACCAUAUCAUUGGAAUUGCUACACUCUAAACUUACUUCAAUCCCAGAUGCAUCUCAUCUCCAGGCUUGGAAGUAUAGAGCCAGUGAUAUGUGGACAAUAUGUGUAUGUGGUGAAGGUGUGGAGAUUUUUACUUUUUUGUUGACCACAUGACAAAUGGGAAACAUUUAGUAUAACUUGUUGUACAUAAAAGUAAAUUUUACAAAUUAAUUUUAAAAAUGUAAUUUCUUGAAACAUUAGUGGAACAAGAAAAACUGUAAAGAAUUGUCAUUCAUUAAAAAGAGUUAUAGAAAUGCUUAUGUUAUACCAGUAUGCUAGUUAUUUUCCUUUCAUGGCAGUUAUUUUGUUCCUUUCAUUUUGAAGAUACUUCUCUCUUCAUAUAGAAAACUAAAGAAUUGUAUUAUCUCUGGGAAAAACUACGGUUAUUCAUAUUUCUUAUUAUGUGUAUUGUUAAAUGUAAUCAUGGUUUUCUUAGUUGGAGCAAAUUUUGUUUUAUUUUACAAAUCUACACAAUAAACUUUUUUUUUAUUGAAA